GUACCUGGUAACGUUCAGCCCCCUGAUGGACACCCAGGAUGACCCUCAAGCCAUCAUAAUUUGGGAUAUCCUAACCGGACAGAAGAAACGAGGGUUCCACUGUGAGAGCUCCGCCCAUUGGCCCAUAUUUAAGUGGAGUCACGAUGGCAAAUUCUUUGCCCGGAUGACAUCCGAUACCCUUAGCAUCUACGAAACACCUUCCAUGGGCCUGCUGGAUAAGAAAAGUUUGAAAAUCACAGGGAUCAAAGACUUCUCCUGGUCCCCGGGAGGAAACAUAAUUGCCUUCUGGGUCCCGGAAGACAAAGACAUCCCAGCGAGGGUGACCCUGAUGCAGCUCCCCUCCCGGCAGGAGAUCCGGGUGCGGAACCUGUUCAACGUGGUAGACUGCAAGCUCCACUGGCAGAAGAACGGGGAUUACCUCUGCGUGAAAGUAGACCGGACCCCGAAGGGCACCCAG